AUGUCCGCUGCUCCGAUUGUGCCACCUACACGGGUUCUGGCCGUCGCUAGCCAUGAGGGGAAAAAAAGGUCGUCUCGGGGCAAUCACACCGGCUACAGGCACUGGACGGGCACAAAAGCCACGGCGCAGGAGAUUAGCGAUCUCUACCGUGGCCUCAAGGACAACUACAUCAACGACUUUGACAUGAUGCUGUCCGGCUACAUCCCCGGCGCCGAGGGCGUCCUCGCCGUCGGUGAGAUUGCCAAGGAGCUCAAGGCUGCCAACGAGCAGCAGCCCGGCCACUUCUUCUGGGUGCUGGACCCGGUCAUGGGCGACAACGGCAACCUCUACGUUGCCGCUGACGUCGUCCCCGCGUACAAGUCGCUUCUUGCCUACGCCGACCUGAUUAUACCCAACCAGUUCGAGGCCGAACUCCUCUCCGGGGUGAAGAUUACAGACAUGAAGAGCCUGGCCGCCGCCAUCCAUGCUUUCCACAAGAACCACCGUGUCCCCCAUGUCAUCAUCACCUCGGUCAACAUUUCCUCGCCCGACAUCCCCGCCGGACAUCUUUGCGUGGUCGGGUCCACCAUGACGUCCACCGGCCAGGCCCGACUCUUCAAGACCGUCUUUCCCAGCAUCGACUGCUAUUUCUGCGGCACAGGGGACAUGUUUGGCGCGCUCGUUACGGUGCGCAUGCGCGAGGCCGCCGCCGCCGCCGCCAGCGUCAUGGGCUGCGCUAGCUGGGUAAGUGGUGAUGCCGUCGCGGCCGUGGACCUGCCACUGGCCCGCGCGACGGAAAAGGUGCUCGCGAGCAUGCACGAGGUCCUCACCCACACCAAGGACGCCAUGCAGGGCGUGGUCGACCGCACCCUCGCCGCCAUGACGCAAGACGAGCGCCAAGGCGACAAGCAAAAAAUGCUGGCAGGGAAGAAGGCGGCGGAGCUGCAGCUCGUGCGCAACCUGGACUGUCUCCGUCUGCCGCAAAAGAGGAUUGAAGUUGUUCCAUUUUAG